AUGAAAGCAUCAGGUGAUGAAACACUAGAAGGAAAUCACGAUGUGGAAAACGUCCGGGAAACUGAAGGGCUUAUAAAGUAUGAUAGUGUGUUACCCAACGUGGAUCGAAAAUGUAGAAGUGAAGACGAAAUCAACCAUGCUCGAAAACUUCUGUACUUUUCCCAUCUUUUUGAUCAGUUUUCAGAAGGAACGUGGCAAUUCUGUUUGGUGCUCUUCCUCGCUGCCUUUUCAAAUUUUGAGUCUCUGGUCCUGAUCAGUACCUACGGUCUGUGCUCGGGUCUAUUCGUCUGCUACUUUGGGCCUCGAUUAGGUCGCUUCAUUGAUGGAACCGACCGACUGUUUGCUGCGAGACUCUUCAUUGGAUUGCAAAGUUCAGCAGUUCUUUUGGCGACUACCUGUUGUUACAUGCUUCUUGCGGCAGAUCACAUGUCAGACGAGAGCCAGGAUUCGAACAACGGCUACGGUGUGCCUACUGAUGCCAAAUCGUUGUUUUUGUUGGUUGGGGUGCAUCUUUUGGGAGCGAUUGCACAAGUUUUGGAUAAUGGCUUUACAGUAGCGAUUGAGCGAGAUUGGAUUGUAGUGAUGAGUCAGUAUAUUAUGUUCUCGUCUGAGGAGGAAUCUGAUAACCUGCAAAGGCAGAAGCAAUGGCUAUCGGAAACCAAUGUGGUGCUCAAACAAAUCGACUUGAGUUGCAAAAUUCUGGCGCCAGCUGUUGCCGGUUUCGUCGUUUCAGGUUGGGGUGGUGAAGGUGAAAACCACAAUGUAUCGGAUCUCAAGUCUGCUGCUUUGUUCGUGGGGUGUCUGUGCGCAGUAGCUUUGGUUGUCGAAUACAUAUGCUCUACAAAGAUUUUCUACACAGUAAAUACUCUUCAGAUAAAGCCGCUUCCUAUAGUCAGCGAAGACUCGAACGACCCUGGUUCAAAUGGAACCAAAUGUGGUAUCUUCGCGUUACCAGUAGGACUGAAGGUUUUCAUGAAUCAAGAAGUGUCUUGGGCAGGCAUAAGUCUCUCAUUCCUAUACUCGAAUGUCUUCACAUUCGGUGCAAUCAUGACAGCUUACUUGGUUUGGCGGGGCAUGGCGCUGGAACAGAUUGGAAUAUGGAGAGGAGUAUCCGCGGCACUUGGCCUUGCAGGCACUGUUGUAUAUAAGUUUCUAUCCACGCAAAUGGAUUUAGUCAGCUCUGGAAUGUUGAGUGUCACUUUUCAAUUCUGUUGCUUGAGCCUCUGUUAUGCUUCCCUCUUUGUGGAAGACUUGAAUGUGUCAUCUAUCAUGUUGAUCGCUGGUGUCUGUUCAAGUCGAAUCGGACUAUGGGUUUUUGAUAUCUCGGUGACCCAGCUGAUGCAAUUGAAUGUUGCGGAUGAUGUUCGAGGGGAAGUGGGCGGAGUUCAAUCAUCUUUAAACUCGUUCUUCUUUUUACUAUCCUUUGGCCUUGGAAUUUUGCUGCCAGACCCAGCAUCUUUUCACGUAUAUGCCAGUAUUGGGUACAUUUUUGUGGCUGCUGCAGCAGUUUGCUUUGCUGUUGGAGUCUAUUCCAAGCGCGAUAGUCUCGCCAAGGCUUGA